AUGUCCGCCACAGACCUCGCCGAAACCUACGACCACAACGGCAAAGCCGUGACCCACCACCGCGCCCGCAUAAACGGCAUCCGAAUGCACUACAUUACCGCCGGAACCGGCCCUCCCCUCCUCCUGCUCCACGGAACCCCGAAGAACAGCUUCUACUGGUACCGACUCUUCCCACUCUUGACAACUCACUUCACACUCGUCGCUCCGGACCUGCGAGGAUUCGGAUAUACCGACAAACCGCCCACGACAGAGGGAUACACAUCACAGGAACAAGCGGAUGAUGUCGCGGAAUUGAUGACCCAGUUAGGGCACGAGAAGUUCUAUCUGCAUGGCGAGGAUCGUGGGGCGGACUAUGCGUAUGCUGUGGCGGGAUUGUACAGAGAUCGAGUGUUGAAGCUCAGUUUCUGCGAGAUGUUGCUCAGUGGAUUGGGUCUGGAGGAGAGUUCGUUCUGGACGCCGGAGAAUGUAACCGCACAGUAUGAGAAGCGAGGGGUUUGGUGUUGGCACCUCUCCUUCUUCGCCAUCCCCCAUAUCCCCGAAAUGUUAAUCACCGGCAAGGAAUCCGAGUUCUGGGAAAUGUUCAUCAAACAAGAAUGCUACAACCCCACCACCAUUUCACCACUCGCACUGAACCACUGGAUCGAAUGCGUUAAACAACCCGGCUGCUUACGUGGAAUCCUCGAAACCUACAGAGCUGGUUUCAAAAAUGGAGAACUCAAUCGCAAAUUGGCGGAGACGAAGUUGGAAAUGCCGGUCAUGACGAUUGGAGCGCCGGAGUUCUUUGGUCCAACGGUGGAGGAGUGUGCGAGAAAGUUUGCGAGGGAUGUGAGGAAGAGUGAGAUUUAUGAGGAGUGUGGGCAUAGUUUGGCGUUGGAGAAGCCGGAGCGGUUGGCGAAAGACUUGAAAGAGUUCUUCUUGGGGGAGUAG